AUGACCUCUGACCCUGUGUUUGAAAGCAAGUUGAAUACGUUGGUGCAGAAACUUCACGAAUAUUUAGCUCAUUCCUCGGAGGAAUCUGAGGACACGACUUCACCGACCAGACAAUCCGUGGCCAAGAGCGCCGCCAAACCCAAAUCCGCACAUAGACUGCAUGCAAUGGAGACCAACACGGAAGAGGGUGCGACCUCUGACCCUGUCUUGUCCCCCGGAACUCCUCGCUCUAAAAGGAAGCCCAGCAUUGUGACAAAAUACGUGGAGUCUGAUGAAGAGCCAAAGGAAGAGGUCAUAGCCGACUCUGACCCGGAGGUGGACAUGGAGAGCUUGCCUCUAGGCACUGUUGUGGUUCAGCCCGAGCCGGUUCUCAAUGAAGACAAAGAUGAUUUUAAAGGACCGGAAUUUAGAAGCCGAAAUAAAGUUAAAGCCGAUCUUUCAUUAUCUAAGAAACGUCCAGAGGACGGUCUCCAUGGAAUAGUUAGCUGCACAGCAUGCGGCCAGCAAGUCAAUCACUUCCACAAGGACUCCAUUCAUAGGCACCCCGCCCUCCAGGUCCUCAUUUGUAAGAGUUGCUUUAAAUAUUACAUGAGUGAUGACAUCAACCGCGAUGCCGAUGGUAUGGAUGAACAAUGCAGGUGGUGUGCUGAAGGAGGAAAUCUCAUUUGCUGCGAUUUCUGCCACAACGCCUUCUGUAAAACCUGCAUCCUUCGGAAUCUCGGUCGGAGAGAGCUGUCUACCAUUAUGGAUGAAGAAAGCAAGUGGCAAUGUUAUAUGUGCCAGCCUGAACCCUUGCUGGACUUGGUUGCGGCAUGUAACAGUGUGUUCGACAACCUGGAGCAACUGUUGCAGCAAAAUAAAAAGAAAAUUAAGGUAGAAAAUGACAAGGGCAAGAUCUGUGACCAGAAUCAGAAAACCUCCAGCUGUAAUGGACAAGAAAAACUGGAUCGUUUCUAUUCUGGUGCAAUAACCUAUUCCUUUAAAGCACUUAUGGUGCCGAAAGAAAUGGUAAAGAAAACAAAAAGAAUAGUUGAAACGACAACCAACUUAAACAAAAGCUUCAUCAAGUUUCUGAAACACGAGUCCGAAAAUGCGGUCGUUAACUCCGCCACCAAUUUCCGACAGCUAAAGGCCUUUAAGUCCGUUUUGGGCGACUUGAAAAAGGCGCACGAAGCUCUGGAGGAAAGUUUGGCUUUGGAGCUUGCGUCUGUUCGAAGAAAAACAUCGUCCAAGAAAAGUAAAGAAGUGACCGGUGAGCCGAAAGCGUCCAAAGAGAAAAGAACGAAUGAAGAGGACCAGGGAACGGCCAACGUGUGUGACGGAGAAAAGGUGUCAAAUUGCGACAGUGAAAAUCACCAAGCAUCUGAAGAGAGCCCGGAGAACGACCAUCAUGGGAAGCCGGGUGAAAUGCCGGACGUGGAAGACUUGCCGGACGAUGAGGAGAAAGAUCCAGAAGUGUCUUCUACAAAGGGGAGUUUAGAUGAUGAUGAUGAGGAUGAUGAUGCCGCUGCCAAUGAUGAUGAUGAUGCCGCUGCUAUGGAAGUGGAGGAGGAUGCUGACGUGCAGCUGGCAGAAGAUGAUCUUGUCACCGUGGAAAAUAAAUCUCCUUCUGAUGAAGAUAAAAAAGAGAAGGAAGAAGUACAAGAAGAUAGAAAUGCUGAAAGCAGUUCUGAUGAGAAGAGCCAUAAAUCGCCGCAAAACCGAAAGAAAAAGGUAACCGAAAAGUCAAAACGCACCUCGGGUGAAAGUAAGAGGAGAAGCACCAGGAAGGAGCCGGCGUCUGGGGCGGAGUCUGAGGACGAAGGUUCCGUUGCAUCACCAAAAGAAACCAAGUCAAGCGCUUCUCCCAAAGCCAAAAGUGACCGGUCAUUUGAACCCAAUGCCGGAGAAGCUCUUGACAUGGACAUAGUUUCUGUCCCCUCUGCGGUCCCGGAAGAUAUCUUCGACAGUUUGGAUUCCACCUUAGAGGCCCACAAUGCUUUAAAUGAGUCUGCCUUAAAAACUAGCAAAAAAGACGACCCGCAAGCCAAAACGCCUGUUAAAAAGGAGCUGAUUCUGAAACUGACUCCGUUAUCUUUCUCCAAGAGUCCCGAGAAGACUCCAAAAAAGAAAGCCAAAGGGUCUGGAAGUGAUAAUGAGGCCAGGAGCUCCAGCAAUGAGCCUUCCUCCGACAAUGAAGACCCCAAGCAGCGGAAGUCUCCACGCGUUAAAACGACACCCAAGCGACGCCAGAAUGACUCGGCGACCUCCUUGCCCAAUGCAGAGGAGGAAAGUCAUGUCAAAGAGAAGAAGAAGCCUAAAAGUGAGCCAUCCAAGAAAGAGAAGAAAGAGAAGCGAAGUUCCUCCAGCAGCGCCGCCACUUCUAAAAGUAGGAAAUCUAAAAAAUCCGAUGAGAAAACGCUAAAAAGUGGUUCUGAUUCUGAGGAAAUGCCGGAAGUCCUGAAAAAGGCGGCUUUGAUGAGCAACUCCUCGUCCGAACCCGACAGUGGUACCGAGGCCAAGCAGGCCGUGGAAAAGGACAACCUCAAGGGGGGCGAGAAGAGAAAACGAAAGAGCUCCAGUUCUGGCGCCGAGGUGACCAAAAGAAAUACUCGAAAUUCUACCGCGGCUAAAAAACAGCGCGCAGAACACUCCGACUCCUCCAACUACGACUCCGAGCUGGAGAAGAAGAUCCAAAAGUUAGGAAAUCUCGAGGAGGCCAAGAAAUCUGCAAAGAAGAAAGCCAAAAGCUACGAAGAAAGCGAGUCGUCCGCCGAGGAACGGAACCGCAAAAAACACAAGAGAAAUAAGUCCACUCAGGAGCGCGGCAAGGCGGCCAAGACCCAGAAACAGUCCACGGCCACGGACCUCUCUGACUUGUCUGAGGACAGCCAUGAUGAUGAUGCUGCAAGCCAUAAUUCCGAUGACGGCAGCGAGGACGAGCAAAAGAUUAAACCCUUAGUGGAGAAUGAAGUUCUAACCAAAGCCGACUUCUGCCAGUCAUCAGGUGAUGAAGCAGGGACAAAAUCUGGCGCUGCUGAGGAUGAGGAAGACGAUGACGACGAUCCUGAGAAUAGGUAUGAUUCCCAUCAUACGGACUUAAAAAAGCUUAUAACACACCCUAAGCGUGGGUCCAAAGCAAAGCAUCGGAAGAGCAAGCAGGUUGUACAAACCCGGACUUCCUGUCUUGUAAAGACUCGAUCCCAGGCUGCUCGCAAGCUUGAACGAGUGGUCGGAAAACCAAGGCCAAAAACCCGAAAACCAAUGAAACGAUAAAUUGAUAUUUGAGUAUUCACACACCUUGCAUAGGGUGUGUUAUAAAUACACAGCAGAGUAUCCGGUGUACAUG